AUGGAAAGUCCACAGGACCCACCUCUGUGUGUGGCCGCUCACCCAACCCAGCGUGUUCUAGCCUUGGGGUUCAAAAGUGGUGCUGUGCGGGUGCUGGCGGUUGAGGGCCCUGCCGUUUGGAUGGAGGCGAACCACCACACCCAUCCUAUUAUCGGCGUUUGGUUUGUCAAUUCCCCUGCAAUUGCAACGGAUCUAGAGGAAUCCUGUGCUGGCCACGUUGCCCCUCACGAGUUCCAUCACCAACCGAGUAGUACUGGGCACAGAGAACUACUUCUAAAAGCAAGAAAAGAAAUACCUGGGCAAGGCGUUUUGGUGAUAUCCCUUGAUGGGUCCGGAUGUAUCUGCAUUUUUUCUCAAUUACACGAAUUUGCAUUGAUUCGGAAACUGGAAAGUCCUCAAAUUGAGAAGGCUCCAGAAGGCGUUCCACCUCUUGUGUUUUCCGGCGAUGGAUCUAAGGCCGUUCGUUACUUUUCCCCUCGGACGCUGGGACUCCUUCGCCUUCCAAAGUUCAGCUACGAAGCAGAGGUCUGCCCCUUUCAAACAGCUUGCAAAUCGGUGAUAAUCACCACUUACUCCUUCUCGGCUUCCGGAGAUGCCCUAUGCGUAUGCGGCAGUGAUUCCAGGAUGCGCGUGUUUUCCUUUAAGAACGAGGGAGACGCCACAAGCUUAAUUCAAAGCCGAGAAAUAGCACUUCUUAGUGGGUCCAUCAGCGUUGCCUGGAUCUCGGCAAGUUCGGAGGAAAGUGGCAUUUCUUCCGUUGGCGUUACUUGUGGGGAAGACAGUCUGAUUAAAGUAUGGAACCUUUCUAAACCCAGUGCAACCCAGGGCAACGAAGAAGUAACCCGGAAAGAAAGUAAUGAAAGGAGGGAAGUAGAAGACCCAGAGGCUGUCUCGAACACAUAUGUAAACCAUAAUGAUUGCUGUGGAUCGCCUGCGCAUCAUUGCACAAAAGCCUUUGCGGCGGCAGGGCACACUGCUGAGUUCCCACAGUUUCAGUCUUUCGCAGGCCACAACAGGCCACCCUUCAUGGUGCAGCUUUUUGGGGACUAUUUGGUUUCUGUUAGCGCCACAGAAACAAUUACAUGGAGAGUCGGAUCCCCUCUUCUUCGUGAUGCUUCGGACAUAACACCUGCAGGUAGCAUAGCACUGUUGCCAGCCGUGCAGGAGUGUUCACCGGCCUCAGACCCCGCUUCAGUAGAUGACCAUUUUGUACAGCAGCAACAAGAGAGCUUACAUAAGACAAGCUGCGAGCAAGGGAAGCUGCCGCAGCCGCAGCAGCCUCCGCGGGCUCACCCUCAGCCUCUGAAACAGCAUGUGCUGAGUUCUCGACGAGCAUUACAGACCACUGAUGGGCUGAAGGCUAUUUCUCGCUCAUCAAACGAUGCUUCCCUGCCGCAUGUUCCUUCCUUCAGCUUCCCACUGCACCCGAGUCUGGUUCCUGGUCAAACAAACAGUUUUCCCAUUGCAGUUGCUACUAGCGUGCGUGCCGCUGACAGCGCCCCCGCUUCACAGGCUGAUGCCAAGACUCAGGGUUGCACUGGGGUUUCAAAUUCGUCCCCACUGGCACAGGCGCCAGAACAGCAGAUGAAUGGUGGGGGCAUAGCCGUUCCGGCUGUGUACCCACAGGAAGAUGGAUGCGAUGCUAAUUCAACUACUACUGCAGUUGACACAAUAAGCACAAACGUUGUACAAUCGCAAAGCAAACCGUCUGGAACUGAAGUGGAAGUUUCAAAGACAGCAGGUCAUGUGCCGAACGUGAAGGUUUUCGCGGGAUUUGUAGGGGCAGCUAUCCAGCUGGAGACCAGUAUAUGCAAUGGGCAGAGGGUGUCAGUGUCACAGGGGCCGCAGGAACCGAAUGGUCGUUGGGGCCCCAGAGCAGAAGGAGCUGCAGCCCGCCAUGUAGUUGGCACUGCAGUGGCCAGUUGCCGCAGCAGCUGCCUGUGGAGGCCUUUAAAGGGAGUUCUGGCCCAUGCGGUUGGUAGCUGGGUGCUAGUAGAGCGGCUGUCUACCCCUGCUGCCUUGCAGGACGGGAAGUGUUUGGGUUUGCUACCAGCCUUGUUGGGCCGACCGCAGCAGCUGCGCGGGCAGCAGCAGCCAAUAACAGCAGACUCUCCCAAGCGGAAAUCUUUAGCUCUCCAGAGGCAACAGCGACGCGCGCAAUUGCUUCAACAAUGCGCAACAGUGGCGCAGGCACCACGAAUUUCCGUCCUGAGACAUCCUGUUGUUGGACAUGCGAUUGCCUUCGCCAUCGAUACCACAACACGGCUUGCAGCCACCAUUAGCAGAGGGGCUGACAGCGGUCGGCUAGAUGUGUGGAGGGUGUCAGACUUUCUGCCCCGGUCAAAGUACUUGGGAAACUCUCAAAGCAAUGAUGAGGAGCUUGUUGAGGCAAGCCAAACGGGAGCCGCUGCAGCCACUGGAGGAACGCUUGGAUCAGAAGGCUUGCAGCUUCAGUUUCAGCACGCCAAACAGGCCAAACGGUUGCUGGUUGACCCUCUUGAAAAUUACACAACCGCAUGCCUCACGCGUCGAGCCAAGGGGAGCCCCCGCCUACUGCUGGUGGCAUCUGACCGCGGCUGGGUGUAUGCCUACGACUACGAGGCAAAUGUGUUUGUCUUCGAGCUCUUCCUUGGCGACUUUCCUAUUGGUGCAUUUACACUGGUCCUCGUUUCACAGAAGACAAAUGAGUGCAUGCAACUAGGCAACUCUCCUUCUUGUGCCAUUUACCUUAAUAGACGUGGAAUUUUGUCGAGGCUCAAUUACGUGCGGCAAGGCGAUGUACUUGACUUACAGCACGGGAUCGCUUACUCGGCGGGCGACCGUGGAUUUGAUUCGAGUUUUAGAGAUUGCGCAGGUCGCCGCAGGCAACAGGGACUUGGACCCCAGUCGGUGGACUUACGGCAACAGGCUGCUCUGCAGCCCUUAGCCUUAGAUGCCCCCAUAAAAAGUUUGCAGCUGGACGCGGAGGCCCAAGAGGUGGCGGCCAGCGGGACUGUCACGGGAGCCCCCAAGAGCAGCCGUUUGCAGCACUUGUUAAGGAACGCAGAGGCAAAGGGAGUAGGAGAUCUGCCUUUGAUCGCUACAGCGGAUUCUGCUGGCUCCCUCCGACUGUGGAGUCGGUGGCCUCUCCCGCAGCAGAUGGCAGACUUCUCGCUGCCCCAUCCUUGCACAGCACUCGCCUUCCUCUGGCGCUCACUGCUCUUGGGAUGUUUCAGAGACGGGUCCCUGCGGCUCUUCGACACAAACGCCUUUCGUAUUGUCGGUCGCCUGCAGCUUGCUACCACCGACGACCCUCCUGUGGCCAUCGCAUGCCUUGGCGAUCGCCAUGCAUUGCUAGCGACAGCCUCAGGAGAGCUCUUGUCGCUCAUCCUCGAUUUGAGGUUCAAGGACAAGGCAGACCCCGCUUCUCCCGAAAUAAAGCAUGCGAGUGUCUCUAAAAUAGCCAAUGCACUCACAGCAUGUUUUGGACCCACCUUCUCGCUGCAGAAACCGCCUGCCGCUCCUUGGAGCAACAGUUGCAACACACGGGGCAGCAACUGUGGCUCUGCUGCUCUCGGCACCUCAGCUGCUGAAAAGAUCAUCACAGCGGUGGACUGCCUCGUGGGGCAGCGACAGGCUACAGGGCCUCCAGCAGGGGACAACAGAAUCCGGUUCGCGCUGUGCCUGUCGGGCGGCUACUGUUCUGUGGGCGCGUACUCACAGGUUGCUCCCGAAAACAAGUGGAUGCUUUGCUCUAAGUCAUGGCAAGUUUUUCCCCCAGCGAGUUCUGCUUCCCUUUACCCAAUUCUGAACCCUGAAAUCAUGAGCUUUAUCAGGACACCCACCACUAUCAUCGAUAUGAGGGCUGUGCAAGCUACAUCAGUGGAGCUACACUUAGUAGUGUGGCUGGGUUUAUCUGUUCGUGCAGCUUUGGAAUCCGCUUUGGCCCUGACAAAGGAGACGCUGAGCCCUCCUGUAGGCACCAUCUGGAGGCUUCCCGAGCGUGUUUCUCUGGCAGAAGCACUUUGCUGA